AUGAGGAGGCCAGAACCAGCUGAGCAGAUACGGCAGGUGUUGGAGCGAGGAUUAAGCAAGUCGGAAAGCUUUAAAAGUCUACUUGGAAUCGCUGUUUCCAGCAGCACGAGACAUAUGGAACAAAUACUGAGGACCAUGAAACUUGUCCUGCACACUUUUCUGCUGCUACUGUUCCAACAAGUCAGUACGGCUGUGGGUGACGUAAGAUCCAGCUGCAGAACUGCACCAAAUGACUUGGUCUUCAUUUUGGAUGGCUCAUUUAGUGUAGGACCAGAAAACUUUGAAAUCGUCAAAAGCUGGAUUGUUAACAUAUCCAGCAGCUUCGAGAUAGGGAAUAAGUUUACACAAGUUGGUGUCAUUCAAUACAGUGACGAUCCUUUGCUGGAGAUCCCACUAGGAAAAUAUAGCUCCAACGAAGAUCUGAUGAAGGCAAUGGAGGCCAUCGAGUACAUGGGCGGAAAUACCAGAACGGGCAAAGCCAUCACAUUUGGAGUUAAGGAUGUGUUCUCCUCCUCAUAUAGGGCUGCUAAUGCAGUAACAAAAGUAGCAAUUGUGCUUACUGAUGGGAAGUCCCAGGAUGAUGUGAAAGACUAUGCGGAGGAAGCAAGGAAGAAGAAGAUUACCUUGUUUGCGAUUGGAGUCGGUGACGAGACGGAGGAAUUUGAGCUCCAAGCUAUCGCCAAUAAGCCAUCAUCCACGUACGUGUUCUAUGUGGAGGACUACACUGGUAUCUCUAGAAUUAGAGAAGUGAUGAAACAGAAACUGUGUGAAGAGGCUGUCUGUCCUACACGAAUUCCCGUUGCAUCUCGAGAUGAGAAAGGUUUUGAUAUCCUCGUCGGAUUAGAUAUUCGGAAAAAAGCUGGCAAAACAGUAGGCUCAUACCAUGGUAAACAAGCCUAUAAAGUUUCAUCUACUGUUGAUUUAACAGAAAAUACAAGAGAUAUUUUUCCUGAUGGCUUACCUCCUUCAUACGUCUUUGUAUCCACACUGCGAUUCAAGAGACCGGUAACUAAGGAGAAAUGGGAUUUAUGGAGGAUCCUUGCUCUGGAUGGCACGAUCCAAACAGGAGUUACGUUGAACGGUGCAGCUAACACGGUCAUCUUUUCCACCACGCACUCUGUGAAUGACACUCAGGCUGUCAUCUUCAGCUCUCCUGAUAUAAAGGUGUUGUUUGAUGAAGAGUGGCAUCAAAUUCGGGUCCUGGUCACAGAGCGGGAUGUAGCCUUGUAUGUGGACAAUAAGAUGGUCGAGAAAAGACAACUCGAUCCUGUUCUUGGCAUCUUUAUCAGUGGAGUUACCGAAAUAGGAAAGUACCAUGGGAAAAAAGCCACCGUACCGUGUGACAAUAGUCUCGACGACAUCAGCUACACACCAGCCCCUUGUGUAUGUCCCCCAGGGCCCGCUGGACCUCGAGGUCCAAAGGGAGAGAGUGGACAACCUGGGGUGUUCGGCGAGCCUGGAAUACCUGGUACAGACGGUGUAACUUAUUGGGAAUUCCAGGAUUGCCUGGGAGUCCUGGGGUGUCAGGUCCACAAGGCAUUCAGGGAUUGCGGGGAUCACCUGGACAUAAAGGAGAGGAAGGGCGACAUGGCAACCAGGGUGAACGUGGAAAUCCAGGUUAUCAAGGACCGCGUGGGUUACCAGGACCAAGGGGAGAGCCUGGAAACCCUGGUCUCCCCGGAUCAGAUGGGCUGCAAGGACAGUCUGGUAAAUUUGGAUCCCCUGGUGAUAAAGGAGAUAAGGGCAGUUCUGGAAAACCGGGUGAAAUGGGACCAACAGGUGUACCUGGUUCAAGAGGACUACCAGGACCCAAGGGCAACAAAGGUGAACAAGGAAUUCAAGGCAUUCAAGGAUUUUCUGGUAUUAAGGGGAAAGAAGGAGAGCCAGGAUUUCCAGGACAACCAGGUCAUUCAGGAAUGCCGGGAAUGA